AAAAAAUGUUCAGUAAAAAAAAAAAUUGGCACAGAAGUCAUAUGAAUUAGGUAAGAAAAGCAUUAACAGUAUUCUAGCUUCAAGAAAUGUGUAUCUUGCACAAAAACACAGAGCAAUUGAAGCAACUACAACAACAUUUCACUGCCUUUGACAAAUGCUAUAUAUAUGGUAGUUAAAAUCAAAGGUAAGUCUAUAUUUGGCCAUUUGCACCAGCUUCCCAUUUUUCAUUUAUGGACCCCUCAGUCCUCUCUCCCUGUCCUUCAUAUGGUCCUAAGGCCAGGAAAGAGCUGGUUUGUUUCCAAAAUUGAUGGUCAAGUUCUUUAACAAGUUUAAGAGCCUUUUCUUAUAUGGUCCUAUAUGGGGCACCACAGAAGGUACAAAAGACCAACCAAAACAUGUACAUGACACCAUCUGCAUAUCUCAGUUUUGAAGGAUUUCUGUUAUAUCUGGUCCUCUUAUUAGGUUCUCUCAUGCAGCCAUGUCUUUGUUCCAUUUUGUACUUAUCUUCUGGCUCCUCCCCAUGUCAUGGAGCUCCGAUUUGAUUCUUGGUUCUGCUUCUUGUUUCCUACAUAACUAUGUACAACACAGCGAUCGACAAUUCAAGCAGAAAACUGAUCGUUUUUGGGAGUUCCAAGAGCAAUCCAACACCUGGGUUGAAGUGGAACUUCCUUAUGACCUAGUCUCUUGUGUUAAUGAUAACUGUACUAAAGUGGGUUCAAUUGAUCAAAUAACAGAAAAUAAAGAAAAGCGCUUUGAAAGAGAAGAUGAUGUUUCCAGGCAAAUUGAGAGCUUGAAUAAGAAGGAUGGUGAAGGAGGAGGAGGAGCGGAGGAUGAUUCUAAGAUUUUCCUGCCCCAGAGAAAGAGAAUUUCUUUGACUAGAAUGUCCGAGACAUCCAUUUGGGUCACAGGUGAAAGUGGGUCUAUCUAUGAGAGGUUCUGGAAUGGAGUACAGUGGGUGAUAGCACCCCAUGAUUUAUCAAUAGCAGCAGGUUAUGCAAUCUGUGUCUUUAUUGUCAAUCAGACAAUUCUUGCUCUUUCAGAAGCAGGAAUUCUAUAUCAGAUGCAACUCAAUGAAAAUGCACAGCCAGUUUGGAUUGCGUUCACUCCAACUCCUGAUUCAAGCACAAAUAAAGAGGCAGAACAAAAUUCUGCGAUUCUAAUAAAGUCUGGUGCUGUUUCUCAUGACGGAUUGAGAAUUUAUUUCUGCACAAAGAAGGGACAAUUAUUAGAACUAACCGAGGUUGAGCCUCCAAGAUGGGUACAUCAUGGACGACCACCAGGAGGAAAUGUUGCAGCAAUUGCUGAUGCUGGUAGCAUUAGACCGGAAGUAGUAUAUACCAUAAGCUCAACAGGGAAUCUAUAUGAAUAUGACAAGAGCUCCAAGCCAUCAUGGAAGAAGCAUAUAUGGACAGAAGGAACAGGGGAAGAUGCUUUACUGUUACCAUCAAGAGGGUACACCAUUAAUGGGAUAAGUGGAGAGUACUCCAGUUCUCUAUUUCUUUUGUCGAAGGCAGGGCAAUUGGUAGAGAGGCGAUUACAGCAAAGGAAGUGGAAAUGGAUUACCCAUGGAAUUCCGGAAAAUCACCAAAUGACUUCCAUUACACCAGUUUUACAAGAUGAAUCAAGUAAAAAUUUUUCAUUAUUUUUCACCACAUCUGCUGGAUCCAUUUUUGAAUAUCGAAUGCCAAAACAUUCAGGUAUUGCUCUAGAGAAUCAAAUUUCUGACGCAUGGUUAAGUCAUAGGCAUCCCCCACAUGCAAAAGCUGCUAAAGGAAUUGCUGGGCUGCAACUUCAGUUUGGCAGAAUAAUAUUUGCUCUGGAUGAUGGUAGACUGGCUGAGUUGCAUCUACCAGGAUUAGGUGGGGAAAAUGCAGGUCCUAAUCAUCAAGUCAAUGUCCGAAGAAAAGCAUCAGCUAAAUAUGUAUGGUCAAUAUUAGAUGCACCAGAGACUGAAGGAUGGAAUGCAGAGUAUUGCAAAGAAGAACGGGGACCCUCACAUUGCAUCACUGGCAUAAAAGAUGAACCUAAUGAUUCAGGAGUUACAAGAUCAGUGACAAGAAGGAGAAAAGGAAACCAAGCACAACAAGAUUACUUGUCUGCAGGUGCCAGUGAACUAAUCAAAUCUUCGGAGGAAUAUAAUUUUCCAGAAAAUUGGAUUAAUUCUAACUUUCGCCUACGAGUGAUGCAUGGGAGCAAAUCAUUUUUCCUGAUAACAGAUGGUGGCUUGGCUUUUGAAUACCUUAACACUGAAAAUGUGUGGCUUUGGCUGAGGCAUGAUCACUCAACACCUCUGAAAGGUGCGCUAGGAAACUAUAAUGGAAGUUUAUUUUUGGUUGACACAUAUGGUAGUUUGCUUAUCAGAGAGAGAAGUGGAAAUGACCUUGCAUGGUUAAACUGCACUGCCAUGAGGAAAGGAAAGCGAGUGACUGGAGGACCUCCAUGGGACAGAAUUCCAGGUAAAGCUUUGAAAGUUACAGCAGAAGAUGCACUCUUCUUUGUGAGCAAAAAUGGAAGUUUACUACAGUUUACAGUUGCCCUAAGGAAGUUUAAAUGGAAAAACUGUCAGAACCCUCCAAAUACCAAGGUAGCAAGCAUAGUAGACCAGGAAUUGUUUAGGGAAAAUAUAAUAUUCGUCACUGGAAGGAAUGGCCGGCUAUAUCAGUACAACAAAGUGACAGAACUGUGGCAUGAGCAUUAUCAGUCUCCACAUUUAAUUCUAUCAAGAAUGCCGGGUACUGCUAUGAGGUCAUCAUCUCUAUCACUCACAGGCUCACUAUUUAUGCUGUCGGAAGAAGGUGGACUUGUUGAAUAUCAAUGGAACACAGGUGAAGGCUGGAAUUGGAUUGAACAUGGAACACCUGAUAAAGGUGUAUCCUUGAUCACUUCUCCUAGCCCAUGCUUUGAAGGCAAUCAAAUUUUUUUGGUUGGUUCUGAUGGAAAGGUAUACAUAAGGUAUAUGGACCAGAUGACAUGGAAAUGGAAAAACUGUGGCUACCCAUAUUUAAGAAAGAAAGGUCGAAGACAAGUGGCGGUGGUAGAUGCUAACGAAGAAGUUUGUAUAGAUAAAGAAAUGUCAGCUAGCCUGGAGAAGGAUGCAGAAAACUUAAAUGAUCUCGACAGUAACUGCAACCCAAAGGUGGCAUCAACAAGACCAAUACCGUUUGCUGAUGAUUCAGUGGUCUUCGAGCUAAGAGAUGGCAGAUUGGCAGAAAUGCGACGAGUUGAGGACACAAAGUGGGCAUGGUCACGCGUCAUUGGCACUCCUGCAAGCUCAUGCAUAACAAAUUUUUGGACUGCUGUGGCAUCGUGAAAGAAGAGAAGAAAAAAAAAAACAUAAUACCACCUUACAAAUUAGAGGACUUUGUCAGCAACAGACACCUGAACAAACAACAAACAAAAAUCAACAAUACUGUACAGUUAACAAAUCCGAGACAGCAACAUCCAUAUCCUUCUUGUUUUUGCCUUGUUGUGGAAAUUGAGGACAGAAACACCCAAGGAAAAUCAAAAGAAGAAAAAAAAAAAAAGUUAAACAGCUUGUAUAGGAAAAUAAUACAGCGCAUAGGGGAGUCUCUGGAAAAGCCAUACCUUUCAACUGUUCACGUGUAGAAACAUUAUAGCAAAAUCAAUCAAGAAUAACUGCAUAAGGUGAAUAUUAUAUAGCAUCUUAUUUCGUUCGA